CCCCUUCUUCAGAAUUGAGGGCAUUCUUUUGCAUUUGGCAGUGACGAAGCCGACUAGGUUUGGGGACCAGGUACACAUAAGCCUUACGGAGGUACUCUACAGAAUACUGUUUUACAGCUUGAACUUUGCCCUUGCUCCCGUCGAGCCGCCACAAGCCAGCAGUCGUCAAAUGGAACACCAGCCUUGGGAGUUGUGCCCUCCCGGCUCAAGCGCGCCCUCUCGACACGGCCACAGCAGCCCCCGGCCUCAGCCAAGCUUGCCCCAGGACGAGGUGUUAACCACCCAGCGAGCAUAUCUCCUCGAGUGGGACUGGGAUUCCGCUUCACGACGGUACCAUCCGUGCCGCCGGACACCUCUCCCCACUCCCGACGCCUUGCGCACCGCCCUGCAGCGACCAGUCGUGAGGGGAGAGGACAAGGAGGGUGCCAACGAGGGGAGCACGACCGGAACCAAGCAUGCGGAUGCGGGGAACAGCCUCCCAAGUGGCGCCAUGUCCGUCGACGCGGACGAGGAUGAGCCGGCGGACCCUCCUCUGCCGACCGCCAAGCUGGUCGUGCUGAACGGCCUGCACCGCGAGCUCGUCGAGGCGCUCGGGGCUUCGGAUCUGGACAUCGACCCGGCCUUUAUCGAGUGCUGCGCGGCCAGGCGGGUCUACCGCCCUCCUAGGUGGCUGGCGCGACGGGCGCAGUGGCGGCGGUCGCGGUCGAGCCGAACCGUCGGCGUCGCCUCGGGCGCGGGGUGCGUAAGUAGAGGAUGCAUGUGGGAGUAUCCCGAGUUGGUGGAGGGGCUGGACCCUGCCUCCGUGACUGUGAGGACUGGAGACGGCGAGAUCGCGACUCCUCCCUCCGUGGUGAGUCUCCCACCGCCAGAACGAGGUGGGAAGAAGCUCGCCGUGGUUUUCCGUCAGGCCGCAUUGUGGCGCGGGAAGACGGCCCAUGUGCUGUUUUUGGACGGUCCAUUGUGGGAGGUUGCCGAGGAGGGAGUGCGCAAGGCGACGAGGCAGAGAGCGUUCUCUUGGAGGACUCGGGGUGGUGGGGAGCGCGGGACUGAAGCCGACGAGGACGUGACUGCGAGCCUGCAGGAUGUGCUCCUUGCUGCGCUCUGCGGUGGCAGCGGGGGGUUCCGGGACCAGUUGCCUGGCAUAAUCUCCGAAGCGGUCUACGACCGUUGGCUGGAACUCUUUGGCUUUUUGGAGCCUCCACUGGAAGUCGGUCUGAGCCAGCCGCUUGCGGCCUGUUACGGACGGAUGAUACGCUCGCUGGAGUUCAACGAGGACGGGGGAAGCGCACCAGACUGGACGACAAGCCUGCUCUCACGGAUUCAGCAUCGUGUCGCCUUGCUCUCUGGAGCGAGCAAGAUGACCCCUCCCUCGCCGCCAGCCGCGUCUAGGAUAACGAGAACCAAGAUGUUCGACCACCCAGAGCAGAAGUUGGUUAGCCGCGAGGAUACGAUGAACCCCUCCCUCAAGAGCAUGGCUUCGAGGCGAGCGCGGGGCCGGCCGCAGCGGGUUGACGAGAACCAACGCGCACUCGACCGGCUGAGCUACCUCGGCGGCAUCCUCGUCCCGCUGCCCAUCGUUUCCAGCAUCCUCUCCAUGGGCGACACGUACGGUCCCGACGGCAGCAAGUUCUACGUAUUUUGGGCCGUCGCGGUCCCCCUCGCAGGGCUCGCCGUCCUGCUCAUCUACGCCGACACGAUCCGCAAGGCCGAGGUCUGGGUCGAGAUCCGCGCCGACCACGUGGAGCCGACUCCCGACACCAAGAGCGAGAGCAGCGAGGGCACGCUUCGCUUGGCAGACGUCGAGAUGAAGCAGACAACGGCUCGGCGGAGGCAACGGCGCAACGAGGAUGACGAGGCGCCAUCGCGCCGGCAGCACGCCGUUCCGUUUUCUAUCGACCAUGACGUCGAGGAGCGCAUUAUCGAUCUACCGACGACAUCAGCCCCGGCGGCGGCGCAUCCGUUUGACGAAGACGCCAGGGACGCAGUGAGAGACUGGAUGCCCCGGUCUGCGGGCUGGAGCGCAACAGGGCUGGUGCAGAUGGUGCCGGUACCGGCGGUGAUCCUGGAGCAGCCGACGGACGGGUCGAAGCCGAAGGCGUGGAGGAGGGAGCAGCUGGGCUGGGGCGGUGCCAUCCGGACGAUUCUCUACAAGAGGUUCAGGGUUGGCAGCGACGUGCCCGCGGGCGUGGCGGCGUGCGAGAAACCAGCCAGGCGGAAGGCGAAUUCUUACUGAUAGCAAUAGACAAGUGAAGUAUGAAUGGAUUCAUCUCAAUGCAA